CUGUGCGCGUGUGAGGUCCGCGCGCGCUUUGGGAACUAAACAAACUUAAUUUACAGGGGAGCGCACGCGCCUGGCACGUCGGGAUGACGGCUUUAGCCGCUUUGGGCGACUUUUAAGAGGCAGCAGGGGGAGACGGAUCCUUAUGGUUGGGUGUCCGGGUGGCACAGCCGGACCUGGUGCGCUCUCGGUGCCGGACCCUGCUCUCUGGGACUAAAUGUUGCGCCAAAGCGCGCUGGGGUGCUGCGCGCUGGCGGUGUUGUCCUGCUGCCUCCUCCUGCUCCCGGGCUGCCGUGGAAACAUCACCGUGGCCGUGAUGCUGCCGGACAACCACCACAAGUACCCGUGGGCUCUGCCGCGCGUCUUCCCGGCCAUCCUCAUGGCGCACGAGGACCUGCACGGCAAACAUGGGCUGCUGCUCGGCCGCUCCAUCAACAUCCUCAGCUUCAGCACCGAGGAUCCGGCCGCGGGAUCGUGCGCCGAGAGCCGCGCGCAGGUGGUGGCCGUGGACGCCAAACUUUACAUCCGGCCGGACGCUUUCUUCGGACCAGGGUGCGUGUACCCGCUCGCCUCCGUGGGGCGCUUCGCGUCCCACUGGAAGCUCCCACUGAUCACGGCCGGCGGACCCGCGUACGGCUUCGAUAAGAGGGACGAGUACCGGACCAUCGUGCGCAGCGGGCCGUCCACCACCAAGCUGGGGGACUUCGCCAACGUCCUGCACACGUACUUCAACUGGACGUCACGUGCCGUGGUGAUCUUCCACGACCUGCGGCAGGACGACCGGCCGCAUUACUUCUUGUCCGAGGGCAUCUACCUGAACCUGAAGAUGGAGAUGAACAUCACGGUGGAGGCUCAGCCCUACGAGGACGACCACAAGGACUACAAGGACCUGAUCGCCUUCAUGAAGGAGCAUGGGAGAAUCGUGUACAUCUGUGGGCCCCUGGAGACUUUCCUGACCAUCAUGAAGCUGUUUCACAGUGAGAUCCAGGACCCUGAAAAUUAUGCCAUCUUCUAUCUGGAUGUGUUCGCCGAAAGCCUGGCAGAGCGCAAACCAUGGCAGAACUCUGACUCUGGCUGGGUCGAUCCCCUCAAGGUCUUCAAGUCUGUUUUUGUCAUAACGUACCGGCCUCCUGAUAACCCGGAGUACAAAGACUUUCAGAGAAAACUCCACGCCAGAGCUCAGAGGGAUUUUGGUGUGAAUUUGGAGCCGUCACUGAUGGAUUAUAUUGCUGGCAGCUUCUACGAUGGUUUCGUGCUCUAUGCAAAGGCUUUGGAGGAAACUCUGGCAGAAGGCGGAGCUCAAAAUGACGGUAUCAACAUCACGAAGAGGACACAGAACCGCCGAUUUUGGGGAGUAACUGGUCUUGUAACCACAGACCACAAAAAUGCCAGAGACAUAGACGUCAACCUGUGGGCAAUGACCGACGAGGAGACAGGAGAGUACGGCCUUGUUGCUUACUACAAUGGAACCAAUAAAGAGAUCAUUUGGUCCCAGACUGAGCGGAUCCACUGGCCCAAUGGGAGCCCUCCUCUGGACAACCCACCAUGUGUGUUUUCCACAGAUGACCCUUCCUGCAAUGAUGGUCACCUGCCAGUUCUGGGUAUUGUAGCCGUGGGAUCCGGCUUAGCGCUCAUCAUUUUUGGAAUGUCAAGUUUCCUCAUUUACAGGAAACUGAAGUUGGAGAAAGAGUUAGCUGGAAUGCUGUGGAGGAUUCGGUGGGAGGACCUUCAGUUUGAGAGCCCCAACAAAUACCACAAACGAGCCGGCAGUCGGCUCACCCUCUCACAGAGAGGCUCCAGCUACGGCUCCUUGAUAACUGCCCAUGGAAAAUAUCAGCUAUUUGCAAAAACAGGCUAUUUUAAGGGGAACCUGGUGGCCAUCAAGCACGUCAACAAGAAGAGAAUCGAGCUGACUAGACAAGUGCUGUUGGAACUAAAACAUAUGAGAGACAUUCAGUUCAACCAUCUAACCAGGUUCAUCGGGGCCUGCAUCGACCCUCCAAACAUCUGCAUCGUAACCGAAUACUGUCCCCGAGGCAGCCUGCAGGACAUUUUGGAGAAUGAGAGCAUCAACCUGGACUGGAUGUUCCGCUACUCACUGAUCAAUGACAUAGUGAAGGGAAUGAACUAUCUACACAACAGCUACAUAGGCUGCCAUGGAAAUCUGAAGUCAUCUAAUUGCGUUGUGGACAGCCGAUUUGUUUUGAAAAUCACAGAUUAUGGUUUGGCCAGCUUCCGCUCGUCCUGUGAAAAUGAUGACUCGCAUGCACUCUACGCAAAAAAACUUUGGACGGCCCCUGAGUUGCUCAUAUAUGAUCGCCAUCCUCCUCAGGGGACCCAGAAGGGAGACAUAUACAGUUUUGGAAUAAUACUACAGGAAAUAGCCCUAAGGAAUGGACCUUUCUAUGUGGACGGCAUGGACCUCAGUCCCAAAGAGAUCGUGCAGAAGGUGAGAAAUGGCCAAAAGCCGUACUUUCGGCCCACGACAGACAACCGGUGUCACUCAGAAGAGCUGACCAUCCUGAUGGAUGGCUGCUGGGCUGAGGACCCUGCCGAGAGGCCCGACUUUGGCCACAUCAAGAUUUACGUAGCCAAACUCAACAAGGAGGGCAGCACCAGCAUUCUGAACAACCUCCUGUCCAGGAUGGAGCAAUAUGCCAACAACCUGGAAAACCUGGUGGAGGAGCGAACACAAGCCUACCUGGAGGAGAAACGAAAAGCUGAAAAUCUCCUCUAUCAAAUUUUACCACACUCAGUUGCAGAGCAGCUGAAACGAGGGGAGAUGGUGCAGGCGGAGGCUUUUGACAGUGUCACGAUUUAUUUCAGCGAUAUUGUGGGGUUCACGUCCAUGUCUGCCGAGAGCACGCCGUUACAGGUUGUAACGUUGCUCAACGACCUUUAUACCUGUUUUGAUGCCAUCAUUGAUAACUUUGAUGUCUACAAGGUGGAGACCAUUGGUGAUGCCUACAUGGUGGUAUCAGGGCUGCCGGUGCGGAAUGGAAAACUCCACGCCAGAGAGAUUGCAGGGAUGUCACUGGCUUUGUUAGAGCAGGUCAAAACAUUUAAGAUCCGACACAGACCCAAUGACCAGCUGCGACUCAGGAUAGGUAUACACACAGGUCCAGUCUGUGCUGGGGUAGUGGGCUUGAAAAUGCCCAGAUACUGUUUGUUUGGAGAUACUGUCAACACCGCAUCACGAAUGGAGUCCAACGGAGAGGCCUUGAAGAUACAUGUAUCUUCAGCCACCAAAGAAGUGCUAGAUGAGUUUGGCUACUUCGAUCUACAGUUACGAGGAGAUGUAGAAAUGAAGGGCAAAGGCAAAAUGAGAACCUAUUGGCUUCUUGGGGAGAAGACUGACGUGUAUGUUAUCUGAGAGGUCUGCUGAUGCCACCGUGGCGGCGGCAGCAGCAGCAGCAGGGAUGACAACAUAAGCUCUGGUGGCCACUACUUUAUUUGUUCUAGAAUAAGUUCUUACAGCCAAUUUCCAUGCAGAGGAAAAUUUUAUGACAGAAACAGAGGGGAAUCCAGGUAUAUUUACUACCUGUAUACUGUAAAUGAAGAAAAAAACAAUUGUUUUUGUAUGAUGAACUUUUCUGUCCACGUACUUUUCACUGAAAAAUACUUAUUUUUUGUGCUUUCUAUAUAAAAAUUUGUAUAAUGUGUUUAGAGAUCAAUGAUAUAUUAAAAUGUCCUUGCAACAUUCAAAGAAGAUGGAGUCGCAGCUUUUCAAUCAAUGUCACUGCAGGGUCGACUUUCGUCGCAGCUUUUCAAUCAAUGUCACUGCAGGGUCGACUUUCAGCAACAGUACUACACAGUACAAUAUGUAUAUAUGUAUAUCCAAGAUACUGUAAGAUAUUUUGUUCAAUAAACUGAGUAAAAUGCUCAUUUUUUUC